UGUCAUUGCACUGUAGAAAUGUAAUGUUAUGUACUUUGUCACUCCAGCAACAAUAGGGCUGUCACUGACCCCUAAUACUGCUGGGCUACCGUCCAUCAAUUACUUAUUGACAAUGACCUUGCUUCUCACCCCAGUCUCGUUAUCAUCAAGUUUUUUGGAUUCUUUGCUCACUGACAAUAGCGGUCGAAAAAACAGGUCGCAGGGAAGUAGAGGAACAAUGAGUGAAAAGAUACUAACAACUUUCUAUUUUGGGAGCGCCACAACAUGAACGAGCGGCAUGAUUUACGUACUUGUUUUCGAGCAAUUUCACAUAGGAAGAAGACUGUAUAAAGAGAUCCGUUGUUCAGGUCAACAGCUUGAAAAGUAAACUCUACCCUCUCACUCCACCCAGCCUCUCCUCCAAUUCUACGAUGUGGACGGAGCGCCAGGUGCAAGAACACGAACAUUGGUUUCAAACCCUGUUCAUCAUUCUGGCUUUUUAUUUUAUCUUGUACAUCCUCUUUCGCGCCGUAUUCCAUGUCACCCUUUUUCAACGCACAACAGAAACAAUAAAAACAACGAUGCCAUUGUUCGUUCCCGCGACCUCCUCUACUGCGCCUAAUACCGGUAUUUUAACAUCAGCAGCAGCUUCUGAGCCGUCAUCAGGAGCAGGUGGACCGUCUUCAGCGACUGGUGUUCAAAAUAAAACAAUAGAAGGAAUUGAACCAUUAAGAAGAACGGAAGAGCUUAAAGUAAUUAUUGAAACUCUCCGCAAACAGCGAGUGCACAUUGAUGAAUUGUUUUGGGACCUGCGGAGCACGCUCAUUGACCAACGCCAGGAAAUACAUCGAGCACUGGUCGCUCUCGAAAGCCGACAGGCCGAAUACCAUCUAGCUCAACGACGUAUACAAGAAGAUGGAGUGGGAGAAAUCAGAAGUGACAAUAUUUCCACGGAAGAAGAAGAACAAGAAAGGAUGAAAAAGAAGUAUCAUAACUUCGUCGUCGACACUCCAAGAAGCGGAAAAAAGUAGUGAUGGCAAUGCUAUGAUAGUGACAGCAAGAAACAG